AUGUCGGGCAGCGCUGGUUUCGACCGACACAUCACCAUCUUCUCUGAUCAGGGUAGACUGUAUCAAGUCGAGUAUGCCUUCAAGGCAAUCACAGCUGCCAACAUUAUGGCAAUAGGUGUCCGAGGCAAGGACUGCGCCGUCGUACUUUCGCAGAAGAAGGUUCCCGACAAGCUGAUCGACCCGUCCUCGGUAUCGCACAUCUUCCAGCUCUCGCCUUCCGUGGGUUGUGUCAUGACGGGCUCUAUUGCAGACGCCAGGGCUUUUGCACAGCGGGCUCAGGGCGAGGCUGCUGAAUUCAAGUACAAGUAUGGUUACGAGAUGCCUUGUGAUGUCUUGGCCAAGAGACUGGCCAACAUCAGUCAAGUUUACACACAAAGAGCCUACAUGAGACCUUAUGGUGUAGCAACGACACUGAUUUCUCUCGACGCCGAGUUUGGCCCUCAGCUGUUCAAGUGCGACCCGGCUGGAUAUUACGUCGGAUACAAGGGCACAGCUGCCGGACCCAAGCAGCAGGAGGCGCUCAAUCACCUGGAGAAGAAGCUCAAGAACAAGGAUCAUGCAGACGGCACAUGGGAAGAUGUCGUGGAGCUAGCCAUCACCACGCUAAGCACGGUGCUGAGUAUGGACUUCAAGAAGGGUGAGAUUGAGAUUGGUCUUGUUGGAGGUCCUCGAGCAGACGGCAAGCCUGGCCCCAGUCCCGGCUUCAGAACUCUCACAGAGGACGAGAUUGAUGAGAGGCUACAAGCCAUAGCCGACAAGGACUAG